AUGGCACCACGAGAAAUUGCUUUGUUGGAGGUCUACCGGCACAAGACAAAAAAUGAUUUGUGGCUUAUUGUGAAUGGCAAAGUCUAUGACGUGACAAAAUUUAUUGUCAAUCAUCCUGGUGGAGAAGAAGUCCUCCUUGAUACGGCUGGUAGAGAUGCAUCCAAUCCAUUCGAAGAUGUUGGGCACUCUGCAGAAGCAAGAAAUAUACUGCAGAGCCUAGAAAUUGGUACCUUG